AUGCCUGCAGACAGAGACCUGUGCGAACAUACCAUCGGUACUGUCAAUGACUCGAUGGCAAUCGGUGAAGACAGGAGUUAUUUGACUGAAUCCAAUCAUCCAAGAACGCCUGUCUCGACACGACAACCUAUGCAAUCGUCAAGACCUGGCCUGGAAAUACAAGGCGGAAUUGAUAGGCUGAGCCUCCUUCAGCAUGAAGCUCGACCGAUACGUCUGACGAAGCGAAUCUCACGGAAACUAAUGCCCAUCCACUUGGCCUGCGCCAAACAAACACUCUGGCUUCCCUUUUCCCAAAAGGCCGUUACAAACACUCCUGCGCGCUUCGCCUCCCACAUCAAGACAUCUCCCCGCUCCCGUCGUGCAUGGUCCGACUCCGACUCCAAGUCCGCUUCUACAAUUCUUGCGACCAAGUCAGCGAGCAAACAUGUUUGGUGCUGUGUGAUUGCCCAUUGCCCUGCAGCUUGA